AGGUCUUCAGACUCCGCUUUUCCGUUGAGGUGGCAGACCCACCUUGGGUUUUUGAUGAUAACAUCUCGGGUCACGGAGGAUCACCUGGAGGUCCAGGAACAUCCUCCUUCUGUGGGGAUCCAGUGUCGUAUUAUGAAAUGGGGUGGGUGCUCUAUCUAAAAGGGGUCUGUCUUUGGAUUUUAUGAGCUCCACAUCUGGACGUUGAGCACGGUUACUGGGGAUACUGGGAAGGUCUCUGAGUGACAGGGGUUGGGAGGAGGGCGUGGUGUGGGGGCGUUGAGGUAUCUCAGAUGCCCUGCUGUGCUGCUGCGAAUGCAGAGCAAUCUGGCCACAGCCUGUGAAAUACGCCCUUGGAUCCUGGCUAAUUCCAGCUACUGGAUACAACUAGCUGUCGCUUGAGGAGGUACCAGCUCUACACUUAGUCAUAGCGUGUGCUUCAGGGCGACAUGGAUCUCACUGGCCUUUAUCUACUGACAACCACGUUGGUGUUCAUUCUGCAGCGGGAAGCCAGUUCGGUCUCCAUCACUGGCCCACUUCCUGGUGCAGACAGAAGCCAGAAGACUCACGCUCCAUCUGGACCUCCUCACCGGGUCAAGCGCUGCUCCUGCGAGAACCUCAAAGACAUGGAGUGUGUCUACUUCUGCCACAUCGGAAUAGUGUGGGUCAACACACCAGGACAGGUGGUGCCAUUCGGGGAGGGUCUGUACCCGGUCCGGCUGAGGAGAGACACGGGUCGGUGCGUCUGUGCGGGUGGCGGUGACACCGAAUGCCUACGCUUCUGUGCUACACGACGUCUCCAGAGAGAACAAGAGGAAAACAUUGGCUCAUCUCCCAAAGAACCCAAUGUUGCUAAGUCAAGAGAAAAGUUUGACACCGUCCCCUUGAGCAAUGGGCAGAGACCAAAAGUUUCUGUUCAGAAGACGUGAGAGGCCGUGGAGGAUGGUGAAGGGGUCCCCCUCACUGGGGCUGCCUGAUCCACCAUCGAUCUGGGAAGGAGGCUAUGCAUUGGAUGUGUAGAUAUUUAUGACAAUAAUGGGCUGUAUAUUUUUUGUCAUAUAAGAUUACAAAUAUUUGUAAAUACAGGGACUUCUUGUGAUUUUUUUUUUAGUAGGCAGGGUUUAUAAAAUAUUUUUAUUUGUAUUUUCACUAUUCCAAUCUCUAGCUGAUCUGACAAAUGUUACUUUCAUAUCUUUGGUACAAAAUGCACAAUGGACUGGAUCUAAAAUGAAAACCAGUCUGGAAGCAUGAAAGCGUGAAAUAUCUCACUGCAGUCUGGAGGCUCCUCCCCCCGGUUUCAGCUCAAAUGUGUUUUAUUAGCACUGCAUAUUCACAGGCUGUUUCGUAUUCGUUGUGUCCGUCGCUAAAUGCACUUUAAACAUUUUAGACAUUCUCACAGCUGCAUUUCAAAUCACAGAUGCAAAAUAAACUUUGAAUCUACAUGUACAUAUUUUGUGUGAGCAAUAAUCUAAACAAUUGUUUUUAUUUAAAAAAAAAAUAAAAAUCAACAACUUUAUCUAAUAUGUAUGGAGUGUAAAGCCAGUCCAGCAGUGACUAAAUGUUAAAAACCACUGCGCUGUUUUUUUGUCAAUAUAGGAAGUUUAAAAAUGAUUUGUUUUGUGAAAUAAUAUUUCCCCAAUCAGAAUUUUAUUGUUGUUUGUGUCAAAUGAAGUGCAGCGACUUUCAGUGCCUUUUAUAUGUAAAAUGUCCUUUGGAAAAACAUUUAGACUUAAAAAUUUUGAUUUGUGGGUUGAGGGAUCCUGGGUUGAUCCCUGCCUGGUACCCCAAAGAUUUAGGAUGGACUCUGGAAUAGUCUGUUUCUGAGUGGAUGUUUUAUUUACUGUUUACGUUUGAUUGUUGUCAUUAGUAAGACUCUGUAUAAAUUCCGUCUGAAUGUUAGGCGGAAUAGGAGUUGGUGUUGUAUCUGUGACUGAGCUGAACUGAAAUGAGCUGAGGUCACACUGGCUGUACAUAUCAUGCUCAGAGUGGGCAAAACGGCAGUAUGUGUAAAACAUGCGAUGUGACAUACAAUAACACAGAAUCCUGCAAUUUGCAGGUCAAUUUUACGUUUUAGGCAAACAAAAAGUACAGGAAUAUUAUGCUGGACAUUAAUGCUGCAGAAAUUAUUUUAUUAUUUAAAUGAUACUCUACUCCACCACUAAUUUCAUCCACUAUAGCAGUUGUUCUCAAUCUGGUCCUCGAGGAGCUGCGAGGGAGCAAAAACAUGGACUGUUUGGGGGGAUACCUGAGGAGCAGAUUGGGAAACACUGCACUACAGCCAUGUGCAGGAGAGAUGGGAUCUUUGCAAUGGCGAUUGGGUGACAGAGAAUAGCUGGGGUUUGUUAUUGGCUGGGGGACAGAUUGUGUUCUUGGGCUGUGGCCAGUGGACAGUAGCCCAGCAAAACGAACACCCACAGGGUUCUGGAGAGGGAAUAGUUACUAACUAUCCAGUUUAAUAUAUCUAAUACAUUUUGUCAGACAGAAGGAACAUAACUUGUGGAUUGUUACAGAGAGUAUUUUUUGUGUCUGUGCUGUAUGACUUGUGAUUUUCUGCCAUGGUUACCAAGUUUUUUUCAUGUAAAUUCAACAUAUUCCAUACAGAGAAAGCAUUAUAAAUCAAGUCACCAAUGCAUUAAUUAGGGUAAGGUUCACUGCAGGUUCAACAAAAUCAAGAUGGUUUCUAAUAGAGCUAUUAUCUGUGAGUUAUAUGUGCUGUUGUAUUUUUCAGUAUCUAAUUCCAUGCUAAGGAGAACAGACAUUAUCACAUUGCUGAGAUGAAAGCAUUUCUGUAGUAGAAAGGUAUUUAAUUCACCUCCCAGUGAGUUUGUGUGGGAGGUCAAUGAAAAACAAUUGAAUGUAAGGGGCAGUGCGGCGAGUUCCUUUGCAAUCAUAAUUAUCUUCCUUUCCCAAGCAUGAUAUUGAGAGUGGAACAA